UGAAAAACUACCCAAUCCGUUGUUAUCCUAACUUGGACUUGGUUGACGCUAGGGUUUUGUGCAGUUUGUAGGUUUACAAAUUCCCUAUUUGCGCUUCAGCUUCCGACAGCAUUCAGUCAGUCAGUCAAGUCCUAUCGCCUCCAUCUCUGCUUGCACACUUGUUUUUGCUGACGCUGUUCAAAAUGUCUGUUUCACAGCAUCUCACUACUCCUUCGAUUUACUCGUCUUCCUCUGCUUUCUUUGCCAACUCCAAUUUUCAUGUAAGACCCCAGAGAAUUUCUCUUCCUGGGAAAAGCAUUGCUACAUGUAAAUGUGUUGCUGUACCACAAGAAGAGAUUAUCGCUUACAAGACAAAUGUAUCUCGCAAUGCAAACAUUGCCAAACUUCAAGCUGGUUACCUGUUUCCAGAGGUUGCUCGAAGAAAGGUUGCGCACUUGCAGAAGUACCCUGAAGCUCAAAUCAUAAGCCUUGGUAUUGGUGACACUACCGAGCCCAUUCCAGAACUCAUUACUAAUGCAAUGCAAAAGAAAUCACAAGCCUUGUCAACUUAUGAGGGUUACAGUGGUUAUGGUGCUGAACAGGGUGAAAAACCGUUGAGAACUGCAAUUGCUUCCACAUUUUAUAAAGACCUUGGCAUAGAGGAAGGUGAUAUAUUUGUCUCAGAUGGUGCGAAGUGUGACAUAUCCCGUCUUCAGAUUGUUUUUGGAUCUAGUGUUACAAUGGCAGUCCAAGAUCCUUCAUACCCGGCUUAUGUAGAUUCCAGUGUCAUUAUGGGGCAGACUGGACAGUUUCAGAAAGAUGUUGAGAAAUUUGCAAGAAUUGAAUACAUGAGCUGUACACCAGAUAAUGGAUUCUUUCCUGAUUUAUCCAAAGUUUCGCGAACAGAUAUCAUAGUCUUCUGUUCCCCAAAUAAUCCUACUGGUGCUUCUGCAACAAGAGAGCAACUGACACAGCUAGUAAAGUUUGCUAAAGACAAUGGGUCAAUCAUAGUCUAUGAUUCUGCAUAUGCAAUGUAUAUGUCUGAUGACAAUCCAAGGUCGAUCUUUGAAAUUCCUGGAGCCAAAGAGGUUGCAAUUGAGACCUCAUCGUUUAGCAAAUUGGCCGGGUUUACUGGAGUUCGUCUAGGUUGGACUGUUAUUUCAAAAGAGCUUCGUUUCUCAGAUGGAUCUUCAGUUGCCAAGGACUUCAACCGUAUUGUUUGCACUUGCUUUAAUGGGGCAUCUAAUAUUUCACAAGCUGGUGGUCUGGCUUGCCUUUCACAAGACGGUAUCAAGGCUAUGGGUGAGGUGAUUGGAUAUUACAAAGAAAAUACUGAAAUAAUUAUGGAGACUUUUAGUUCACUUGGUUUUAAGGUGUAUGGCGGAAAGAAUGCACCAUAUGUGUGGGUUCACUUCCCUGGAAGAAGCUCAUGGGACGUGUUCAGCGAGAUUCUUGAGAAGACCCAUGUAGUUACUACCCCCGGGAGUGGUUUUGGUCCUGGUGGUGAAGGUUUUGUCAGGAUUAGUGCUUUCGGGCACCGAGCCAAUGUAGUAGAAGCCUGUAGAAGAUUCAGGGAGCUAUACAAGUGAGAUCUGGGAUGCUAAUGGCUUCCCUUUCUAAACUAAAGAUCCAUGCAGCUGCCUCUGCCAUUGUUUUCUAAAUUUGUAGAGCAAUGGAACAGGGUUGAAAUUACAAUAAUCAUCUCUUGAUGGACUUUUUAUUCUAUUGAAAAUAUUUAUCAGUUGCAGAAUUUUCUGCUUGAUUGGA